CUUGAAAUUUGGAAGUGUGAAUUUCAAUUUGUGGGCUACAUUUCAUCUACCUUGAGAUAGUUGGUCCUAGGUUGACUUUUCUGUGGAUUUGUUACGUUACUCAUCAGUUUAGGGUUGUUGUGACUGAAAUAACGCAGUUAAUUCACCGGUUUUGACCAGUUUUCAUUAAAAUGGGUUGUAUUAUCAGCUCAGUUGCUUGCUGCUUUUGUAGUUCUGCUGCCAGCCUGUGCUGUGCAUGCCUGCCAAGUUGCAAGUCUUCAACUUCUUCACGGAUAAUGUUUGCAUUGAUACUUGUUAUAACAAUUUUGCUUUCGGUUAUUGCGCUAAUUCCUGGUGUAAGGGAUGGUCUUACUAAAAUUCCAUCUUUGUGUACACCAUUUAAAUGGUCUUUAUCCACUAGUGAAACGAAAGCUGUUCUUGACUGUGAUGCCAUAACUGGUUUCGGGGCUGUUUAUCGCGUGUGUUUCGCCUCAACUAUAUUCUAUCUUGUGUUCUGUCUAAUCAUGAUUAGAGUUCAUUCCUCAAGGGAUUGGAGAGCGAAAUUACAAAAUGGCUUUUGGUUUUUUAAGUAUCUCUGUUGGUUUGGUUUGUUAAUUGGUGCAUUUUUCAUACCUGUUGAGGGAUUUACAAAUACUUGGAUGGUUGUUGGAAUGAUUGGUGGCAGUUUGUACAUUUUGGUGCAGCUAGUUUUACUUGUUGAUUUCGCUCACUCUUGGAAUGAGAAUUGGAUAACCCAGUACGAAGAUACUGACAAUAAGUGCUAUGCAGUGGGUUUGGUUUUCUGUACUCUAUUAUUCAACGGAUUUGCUAUCACUGGAAUCAUUCUUUUGUAUGUUUUUUAUGCCGGUGCUCCAGAGUGUGGAUUGAAUAAGGCUUUAAUCAGUUUAAAUCUAAUUGCUUGUGUUUUGGCUUCUGUUGUAUCGAUUCUGCCAAAGGUACAGGAGCAUUUACCACACUCAGGUUUGUUACAGUCGUCCGUGAUAACUGCCUAUGUGACCUUUUUAACAUGGUCAGGAUUAACAAAUGGACAAAUUCCAGCCUGUAAUCCAACUCUGACUAUUGCAAAUAGUACAGCUGCACAUAGUGAUUCAGUUGUAUUAAAAUUCGAAUGGCAUAUUGCUAUUGGUAUACUUGUGCUUAUAUUCUCUGUCUUAUAUUCUACAAUUCGAUCUAGUACAACUACAUCAGCUGGGAAAUUUUUCAUAUCGGGUACCGAAGAUACACAGUUAGCUGAUACUUCCUCUGGCCCCGAUGAUGAUGGCGAUAAUCGACGUGGUCAAAAAGUAUGGGAUAAUGAAGAGAAUGGUGUUGCCUAUGAUUAUUCAAUGUUUCAUUUUAUGCUGCUAUUGGCCACAUUGUAUGUUAUGGUUAUGCUGACCAAUUGGUUAAGACCACAGAAUGAUUUAAAGACACUAGCCGGCAAUUCAGCUAGUUUUUGGGUACGUAUUGUAAGCAGUUGGAUAUGUUUGAUUAUUUAUGUAUGGACAUUAGUUGCACCGGCAUUGUUCCCAGAUCGUACAUUCUAGUGAAAUUGAAAGUUGAGUUUAUGGAGAAGAACGAGAGAGAUAGAAGACAGAAGACAGGACGAACUGAUGUUCUUUUUGUUCAUUUUCAUGUUUUUCACUUCUACACAUACUCACACACAGAUAGACAGACAAACACAUCAGAUACACAGACUGGUGAAUCAUUGAAUGAAUGAAUGAAGUUCAAGUAUCUAGUCUCAUGUGGCAUUUUUUUCCUCUGGUUACUUCAUAUUAUUGCUCCCUACAUGUCUACACUUGUCAUCAAAAUGUGCUUAUAAAUAAAUAUAAUUAACAAGACAAGCAGAGAGAGAGAGAGAGAAGAAUGAGCAUAAGUCGUCAGUAAAGGACGCAUAUUCCUUAUCGUCAAAGUACCAUUUCACUAACUGUGUAUAGCUUUUUGUUUUCCUUUGAUGUGAGAAUUUGCGAUAAAUGGGAAUGCUCUUUGCUGUCUCUUGUGUGCUCUUAUUCACAUUAUUGCACUGGUACUGUUAUUACUAUUCAUUACCAUUAUUAUUAUUAUUAUUAUUAUUAUUAAUAUUGUUCAUUUCGUUUAAUUCAUUUCCCGCUCAUCAGAAUAAUUGCUUUAUGCUUUUUCAUUUGAUAAACAUUAAUAUGAUCCAUUUGACAAUCGAUUCCUUUUUU